AACAAUGGAGGAGGGCCUAAACGUAAACAUUUAGCGAUGGCCAGCCGGUAAAAGGCGUCAUCCCUCCCUGCUUCGUCCCUUCUCCUGCAAUCCUGCAUUCCUGCUACACUUCGUCUCGCCUCCUCCUCCCUCGCGCGAUCAAAGAGGAGCCCCAAACCCUAAUCUUUUUUCCCUCGGUGCCGUCUUAACCUCCAUCUGGUGCGGUGUUCCUGGAGUUCUUCGCAUAUCCUAAUUCCUCGGCUUCUAGGGUUUGGAGAUGGGCGACCACAUGGCCGUCUUCCGCUCGCUUCGUGAGCUCUUCCCUCAGGUUGAUCCUCGUAUGCUGAAGGCGGUGGCAAUAGAACACUGUAAAGAUGCUGAUUCAGCUGUGUUGGCCGUCCUUGAUGAGGUCAUGCCAUCUAUGACAGGCUCAGUCGGAAUUCCUAGCUUCCAUCAUGAAGCUGCGUUGCCUAUGGAGGAAUUUGUCAGAAAUUUAUCUGCUAAUCAUGGUGCAACGGGAAGUUCAUCAUCUGCUGGGCCUGAUGCGCGUGUUAACGAAGCUAAUGGAAGUGUUGAUUCUGCACAAGUCCCAUCUUCUACAGGGAUCAUAACUGAUAUGCAAGAAAUUGUACUUGGUGAACUAGAUGUGACUCCACCAUACAAAAUGAUGAGUGAACAGCUACACUUCCCUUCGCAUCAUGUCCUUGAACUUAAUGAUGAGAAAAAUGCUCUGAUCAUGGAUGAGUUAUUAUUUAAGUUUCCUUCUGAGAAUAACUUAGUCCAUUCAGAUAAUCCAAUUGGAUAUAUUGUUCAAUCACCAAUGGUAACAAGUCGGAAUGACAGCAUAAAUCUUAAUGCCGCACAAGUCCAAGAGCAAGAUUCUGACAUCAAAAUUCCAGUUGGGGAUUGUGUUCCCCAGGAUUAUUCUUUGAAGAAGUUUCAUUCUGAUUGUGCAGAUAUAGAUAGUUCCAUCUGGUUAAAGAUUCGUGGCGGUGUUUCUAAUAGUGAAGCCUCACCUGAAAUUCCAAGUAUUGAAAAAGAUGAUUUUGCACCUGUGCUCGAUUUUUCUGUUCCAUACAUCGGAGAAUCCUCUGUUGGGGCUGGUGGAGUCUUGGAACAGAAGGAUACUAACUAUGCUGGCAUUGAUUACAACAAGCAGCAUACCGAGGAUAGAGUUGAGCAUGGUGACACAUUCUUAUCUUCUAAAACCAACUUGCUUCCUGAUCUUAAUUUGAAUCCUGUUGCUUCCAUGGCUUCAACUCAUUCAAGCCAUUCUAUUAGUAUCAAGUCACUCAAGGAUUCCAUUGUUGAUGCCAAAAACAAGAAGAAUGAUUUGUUACCCUCUCUUGAACUGGUUACUAAGAUGAUAGGCGAUGUAGAACUUCUUGAAGAAAAGGCUGAAUUGGCAAAGCGUGAUUCAUCCAGUUCGUGUACAAGCAUUCUCACUAAAGUUGAGGAGCUCAAAGAAAUGUUGAAUCAUGCAAAAGAAGCAAAUGAUAUGCAUGCUGGUGAGGUGUUUGGUGAGAGAUCUAUUUUGACCACGGAGGCACGGGAGCUCCAAUCUCGACUUCAGAGGCUGUCAGACGAGCGGAACAGCUAUCUAGUUGUAAUUGAAGAGAUACGGCAAACUCUCGAGGAAAGAUUGGUUGCUGCACAACAGGAAAUUGAAUCAGCUGAGAAGGUAAAAGUUGAAAAAGAAGCUUCUGCUCAGGCAUUACUUAGUGAACAAGAAGAUCAGAUGAAUUCCAUUGUUGAAGAAUCAAGAAAGCUGCAGAAAGAAGCUGAGGAGAAUUUGAAGCUGAAGGACUUUUUGGUUGAGCGGGGUCGAAUUGUUGAUACACUGCAAGGUGAGAUGGCUGUGAUCUGCGAGGAUGUGUCGCAACUAAAGCGAAUAGUGGAUGAGCGCUUAUCAUGGAGCAAGUUGCAGCGAUCAACAAUUUCGAGCCUUUCUUCCUCGCUGCAUUCCUCACUGCACAGGAGUGAUAGUUCUUUAGAUAGGACUAUCGAAGCAGUUGAGUCUACAGAUAAGCAUACAGUCGCUGAAGGUGCAAGUCCGGUUGAAGAUACGGAUGUAAACGAGAGAAUGGUUGAAAUGCUAGCUGACCUUGAGAAUGAAGUUGCAAAUCCAGUGGUUAAAGGCAAUAGCAAGAAGCGGGAGUCCAACGAGGAGGGUUGGGAGUUUUGCUGAACUUCAGAGUGGCAGUGUUGCCCGAAUGUCCUUGAUAAACAUGAGAGAUAAUAAUCAAAAUAAACGGUCUACCCAUCUUGUUUUCUAUGCAAAUUUAGUGGACUUUUGAUUCUAGGACUUGUUAUGGGAUAGCAUUUGGUCUUUUGAGGGGAUGACCGAAAACAGCGGCAUUUGACAGUAGUUCAUGAUAUUGUAUAUAUGGAGAUCUUAGCUUAAUCUAUAUAAAAGAUAACGUCAGUUCAAA